GACAUGUGGGUGAACCCGGAAGUGCAAAGUAGUGUUUACAGUUGCAUGCCGCUUGUAUUUGUAGUAACGCAUGUUCAUAAAAACUGACUGUAAUGCUGUUGAGAAGAUGAUUAAACAGCUGUAUUGCACUGCAGGCGCGGGGAUGGAGGAGCUGCUGGCCGAGGAGGUACAACAAAAACUCUGUGCUACUCAAGUGGAGCAGAUUCCAGGUAGAGUGUUCUUCUGCAUUAAUGCGGAUCUACAAAACGUGACACAACUCAAGUCUGCAGAGAGGCUCUUUCUCCUUCUACACAAAGCUGAACCCAUUUCACUUCCCAACAACCCAGCAAAGGCAGCUGCUGUUAUAAAGCAGAGAGUUGUGGGAGAUCCAGACAUUUGGAGGCAGACCUUCCUAACAUGGACAUCCCUACAGCAAGAGCUUCAAUGCUGCCAGGAGCGUGGACAGAAGAGAAAGAGAGAGGAUGAGGAGGACAGUUUGCAUGCACCGUCCUUCAGAGUGAGCUGCCGCUGUAGUGGAGUCAUUGCCCGCUCUUAUACCUCUCAGAGACUGAGUCGUAUCAUUGGCAUGGCCAUCAAAGAAGAUCUUGGGUGGAAGGUGGACCUAAGAGAGCCUGUUCUUGAGGUGAAUGUGUAUUUAAGCGAUGAUCACUGCAUUGUAGGCAUCCCUCUAUUGAAGAAUCCUUUGGCCAGUCGUUCUUAUAUGAAACACAACGGAUUGCGUUCUACAAUAGCCUGGGCCAUGAGCUCUCUUUGCCCUAAAAAGCUGAAUGAUUGUGUGAUUUUAGACCCAAUGUGUGGAGUUGGUGCUGUGUUAUUAGAAGCAGCUCAGGAGUAUUCAAAUGCUGUAUUUUUAGGCAUGGAUACAGAUGUGUCGCAGUUGGAGAAAGCUGCAGAGAACAUAAAAGCAUCUGGAAUGGAAGGAAGAGUGCAGCUACUUCAGUCUUCUGCCAUGGAGAUCCCUCUUGCAGAUGGGGCUGUUGAUGCCGUGUUGUGUGAUGUUCCUUUUGGCAGGAAGUUCAGCUGUAGCUCUGACAUGCCAACUGCCCUGCCACGCUUACUGAAAGAGAUGGAGAGGGUACUUCGUGUUGGUGGACAUCUUGUUCUGUUACUGAGUUUGCAGCUUUCUGCACAGCUUAAGAAGACGAUUUGCGCACAAGAGCACAACCAAAAUGUCAAUUCCUUAGAGACAAAGAAUGUUCACACUGACCUCUCAAACACACACUACGAAAGCACAGACACAACAGACACACCAAAACUCUUAACGGUUCACAGAUCAAGCUCUGAAACAUCAAAUACACCAUUAUUAAUCAGAUCCUUACAAGCACAGAAGAAACACAGGGUUAGUCUGGGCAGCACAGAUGCGUUUAUACACACUUACACCAAAAUACAAACGUAAACGUACUCACACUGAUAUAAGCUCACCCUGAUGUGCUUAUGUGGACAAUCAGAGAAGUUACAACAAAUGAGCAGGAUUCUAAUAAAACCUAUUUAAAAAAAAACAACUUUAUAUUGUCUUCCAUUAAAAAAAAUGUGGUCCUUAAAAAUAACAGUGCCUUUUUAAAACACCUUCAUUGUAUAUUUU